GGGGCUGAAAGCGCCUCCAGCCCUCGAGAAUUGAGGAGAGGACUGGCCAGGGGCCUGAGCCCGGAGGCCGAUCGUUCGUACUGGGGUUCCCUCUUCUUCAGAAACUUGGGUCCUCGACGGGCCAGAGGAGGUCUGGGGCGAGGGAGGCAAAGCUGCAGGGAACGGCUGUGUGUGACUUGGACCCCAGAACUGUCAGGUGAUUCCUGGAGCUUCAGGAUAAAUUCUCUGAUGACAUCUGUCGUCCAACAUUCCCUAUUCUGGUUCCAUAGAUUCAAUAUUUUUCUAAGUGCAGCAAAAAAUGAACAAAUUCCCGGGACCAGUAACCUUCAAGGACAUUAUUGUGGAAUUCACUCCAGAGGAGUGGAAAUUGCUAGAUGCCGCUCAGAAGACCUUGUACAGAGAAGUGAUGCAGGAGAACUAUAGUCUUCUAGUCUCCGUGGGUUGCCAAGUGAAUAAUCCAAACGCAGUCUUCAAACUGAAGCAAGGAAAAAAGCCAUGGAUAUUAGAAGUAGAAUUUCCACAUCAGAACUACCCAGAAGACUUAUGGAAUAUUCAUGACCAAGGAACAAGACACCAAAAAAGUCAUCCUGAAAAGUCAAGGAACGGAGAAUUCACAAAACAUCAGAAAACACAUAAUACAGAGAAAAUCUAUAAAUGUGAUGAAUGUGGAAAGUCCUUCUGCCAGAAGACUGCCCUUAUAGUACAUCGACAUACUCAUCCAAAGGAAAAGCCCAGUGAACAUGGGAAAUCUGUACCCAAGAAUGGAGACUUCACAGUACUUCAGAAAACUAACACUAGAGAGAAAAACUAUAAGUGUAAGGAAUGUCAGAAAACUUUCUACCACCUGUCAUCUCUCAGUAGACAUUUAAGAACUCAUGCAGGAGAGAAACCCUAUGAAUGUAAUCAGUGUGAAAAGUCCUUCUAUCAGAAACCACACCUCAUGGAACAUCAGAAAACACACACAGGAGAGAAACCAUUUGAAUGUACUGAAUGUGGGAAGUUUUUCUAUGUUAAGGCAUACCUCAUGGUGCAUCAGAAGACACACACAGGUGAGAAACCAUAUGAGUGUAAAGAAUGUGGGAAAUUCUUUUCUCAGAAAUCGCAUCUCACAGUACAUCAGAGAACACAUACAGGAGAGAAACCCUAUAAAUGCAAGGAAUGUGGAAAAUUCUUCUCUAGAAAUUCACACCUCAAAACCCAUCAGAGAACUCACACAGGAGAGAAACCUUAUGAAUGUAAAGAGUGUGGGAAAUGCUUCUACCAAAAGUCAGCCCUCACAGUACACCAGCGGACUCACACAGGAGAGAAACCCUUUGAAUGUAACAAAUGCGGAAAAAACUUUUACUAUAAAUCAGAUCUCACUAAACACCAGAGAAAACAUACAGGGGAGAAGCCGUAUGAGUGUAACGAAUGUGGUAAAUCCUUCUCUGUGAAUUCAGUCUUGAGAUUACAUCAAAGGACCCACACAGGAGAAAAACCCUAUGAAUGUAAGCAAUGUGGGAAAUCCUUCUCACAGAAGUCACAUUUUAUUAUACAUGAGAGAAAACACACUGGGGAGAAACCCUAUGAAUGUCAGGAGUGUAAAAAAACUUUUAUUCAGAAAUCUAAACUCACAGCUCAUCAGAAGACACAUACAGAAGAUAAAAACAUAUGAGGAGUAUGCUUUUGGAAAAAUACUCUCUGAAUUCAUCCUUCAGAAUAUAAUUUGUAAAAGACAAAAUACUAAUGAAUAUUAUGAGUAUGGUAAAAUUUCAGCCACAAUCUUUCCACAUAGAGGGGAAGUAGAGGGACAUUCUGUGAAUCACUAAGAAAUUUUAACCGUAUGUUGUACAUGUUGUAAAACCUACAUGGUGGAAGCCCUAAUAUUAUAGAACAUGAGAGAAACCUUUCAGAAGUUAUUACAUAACAUAGAAAUCAAAUAUGAGAGAAAUCCCACAAAAAGUGAUUGUUAAGAGAUUUCUUUCUAGUCAUUUCAUCUAUCACUAAACACUCAAGAGCUUGCAUUAGAGAGAAACUCUUAAGAAAUUUCUCAGUAUUCUGAAAAUUUUUUAUUCAGAAUAUUUUUACGUCACUUGCUCUCAUACUAAAAAAAAAUCUUUACAAAUGUUUUAAAUAUAUGGAAGCUUAAUAAGAAAAAUUCAAGAGAAUUUGUACUUAAGAAAAUAGUUCUCCUAGAAAUCAUGUUGGUUGCAUUAAGGGUUUUUUCUUUUCUAAGGAAACCUGCAAAUGUCUAUAUAUUCAGAGCUUUUUAAAAAACACAAGUAAGUUGAAAAAAAUAAGGCAACAUGAUAAAACACAUGUAAAACAUCCCUUAGUGUAUAGGACCUAAUGUGUAUAUGUUAGUGUACUGCUACAAAGCACAGAUUGUGAAUGUUCAAUGUGUAUGUGGAACCAAUCUAUAAUUGUAAUUAGAUAUGUAACCUUAGUCCAAUGCUCAGUACCAUAUGAAUAUAUUUCACUUUAAGUCUUAGUACUAUUGUUUAAAAAUGUAUACUUUAUUCUUUUAAAAUUAGAAUACUUUCUCCUAUCUCCUGACAUUUUUAAGUGGACAGAAACACUGUUAAAGAAAUCAUCUUUCAGAUAGAAGCUAGAAAUGUUUUGUAAAAUUUCUGGUUUCUUGUACCCAAACUUUACACUAGGGACAUGUUUGUUUAUAGCAAAAGCCCAAGUUUAUUUUUUAAAGCAGCUGAAAAUAGUGAUUCGACACUCUAACUAUAAUGUUAUGUAAAUAAAUAAAAAUGUAUCUUACUGCUGAAGUUAUAGCAGGUUGCAGAGCAUUUGUAUUUUGAUUGAGAGUCCUGAAUAUUCUUCACUACUUUGUCUUCCUGGACAAAGAAACACUGUGAACUCCAACUGUUAGGUUCAAAUUUCAGUUUAGGGCAUGCCACUUAACUGACCUGAGAUUCCACUCCACCCCCCGCAAUAAGGAGUGAUAAUAUUUAGAAUUGCUUUGAGGUAAAAAAUAAAUUAAUUGUUUUAAAAUACGUAAGUGUGUGAUAUAAAAAAACCGUUAGAUGUUCUCACUCUAUUUUUUGAAAUAUGCUGCAAAAAAGUAGCUGAAUACCAACACUCACUCCUCUCUUCAUUGAUAUAGUGCCUUGAUUUGUUUUGAUAAUUAUAUUUCCACAAAUGAUUCACAUCUGGUCCACUGCACAUUUUUUUUGUAGUCUAAGGAUGGGUUUACAUUUAUAAAUGGUUGGGAAAUAAUUAAGGAAUAUUUAUGCCAUGUUAAUAUGAUAUUCAGUUUUUAAUAAUCAUACAUUUUUAUUAUAACAAACCUAUGGAAAAAAUUCUGUUUUGCCUAUCACCACUUUCAUACUACAAGAGCAGCAUGAAAUAAUUCUGACAGAGGCCAUAUAAUUCACAGAGAUAUUUACUAUCUGGUGCUUUGAAAAAUUAAGUUUUCUAUUACUUUGAGUUGAAAACAUCAUAACCAACAUAGAGAUAAACUUUUAUAUGCUAUAUUUUCAGAAAUGAUGCAUACAGUAAUUUGUGGGUAAUUGUAUAUUUAUUUUGUGCUUUAUAUUUAUAUCUUAAAAACCUAGCAUUAUCUUUUCAAAGAAAAAUGUUUAGUUGCUUAAUUGUUACAAUAUUAAAAAUAGAAAUAUCCUGAUGGAAUGUAGCAGUUUAUAUAUGAAAUAAACAUUGUUUUAAUUAA